CCGGUGACGUGUCUGCGCCACAGCCUGGCCCGGGGAAGCGGCGUCGCCUGCGACUUGGCCCCGGUAGCGGCAUCCGGCGGCCUUGCCCCGCUGAGCUCGCCCGCCCGCCCGCAUUAUGUUCAACGUGGAGAGCCUGGAGCGCGCCGAGCUCGGGGAGAGUCUGCUCACCUGGAUCCAGACAUUUAAUGUUGAAGCACCAUGCCAAACUGUGGAAGAUUUAACGAAUGGGGUUGUGAUGGCCCAGGUGCUUCAAAAGAUAGAUCCAGCAUACUUCGAUGAAAACUGGUUAAACAGAAUCAAAACAGAAGUAGGAGACAAUUGGAGGCUAAAGAUAAGCAAUCUGAAGAAAAUUUUAAAAGGAAUAUUGGAUUACAAUCAUGAGAUUUUAGGGCAGCAGAUUAAUGACUUUACCCUUCCUGAUGUUAACCUGAUUGGAGAGCACUCAGAUGUUGCAGAGCUUGGAAGAAUGCUUCAGCUUAUUUUGGGAUGUGCUGUGAAUUGUGAGCAGAAGCAAGAGUACAUCCAGACCAUCAUGAUGAUGGAGGAGUCUGUUCAACAUGUUGUCAUGACAGCUAUUCAGGAGUUGAUGAGUAAAGAAUCUCCAGUCUCUGUUGGAAAUGAUGCUUACGUUGACCUUGAUCGUCAGUUGAAGAAAACUACAGAAGAAUUAAAUGAAGCUUUAGCAACAAAAGAAGAAAUUGCUCAGAGGUGCCAUGAAUUAGAUAUGCAGGUUGCAGCACUUCAAGAGGAGAAAAGUAGUUUACUAGCUGAGAACCAGAUCCUGAUGGAACGUUUGAACCAAUCUGAUUCUAUAGAAGAUCCCAACAGCCCUGCAGGGCGUAGGCACCUGCAACUGCAGACACAGUUAGAACAGCUCCAGGAGGAAACAUUUAGGCUAGAGGCAGCCAAAGAUGAUUAUCGAAUACGUUGUGAAGAGUUGGAAAAAGAAAUUGCAGAAUUGCGACAGCAGAAUGAAGAGCUAACCACUUUAGCAGAAGAGGCUCAGUCUUUGAAGGAUGAGAUGGAUGUACUUAGGCAUUCCUCUGAUAAAGUGGCUAAGUUAGAAAGCCAGGUAGAAUCAUACAAAAAGAAGCUGGAAGAUCUUGGUGAUCUGCGGCGGCAAGUAAAACUCUUAGAGGAGAAGAACACUAUGUAUAUGCAAAACACUGUAAGCUUGGAGGAAGAACUAAGGAAAGCCCACGCAGCCCGUAGCCAGCUGGAAACAUACAAGAGACAGGUAGUUGAACUACAAAACAGAUUAUCUGAAGAAUCAAAGAAAGCAGAUAAAUUAGAAUUUGAAUACAAAUUCCUGAAAGAAAAAGUAGACAGCCUCCAAAAAGAAAAAGAUAGGUUAAGAACGGAAAGAGAUUCCCUAAAAGAAACUAUCGAAGAGCUUCGAUGUGUACAAGCACAAGAGGGGCAGCUCACAACUUCAGGAUUGAUGCCACUGGGAAGCCAGGAGUCUUCAGACAGUCUAGCAGCAGAAAUUGUUACUCCUGAAAUCAAGGAGAAACUCAUUCGUCUUCAGCAUGAGAACAAGAUGUUGAAGCUUAACCAAGAAGGUUCCGACAAUGAAAAGAUUGCCUUGUUGCAGAGCCUACUAGAUGAUGCAAAUCUACGGAAGAAUGAACUGGAGACAGAGAACAGGCUGCUAAAUCAGAGACUUCUGGAGGUGCAAUCACAGGUUGAAGAAUUGCAGAAAUCUUUGCAGGAGCAAGGUUCAAAAGCUGAAGAUGCUAUUUCAGUUCUUCUGAAAAAGAAGCUUGAAGAACAUCUGGAGAAGCUGCAUGAGGCUAACAAUGAAAUACAGAGGAAACGAGCUAUUAUUGAAGAUUUGGAACCAAGAUUUAACAACAGUUCACUCAAAAUUGAAGAAUUGCAAGAAGCUUUACGGAAAAAAGAGGAAGAAAUGAAGCAAAUGGAGGAACGAUACAAAAAGUAUUUGGAAAAGGCCAAGAGUGUUAUCCGUACUUUAGAUCCUAAACAAAACCAGGGCACAGCUCCUGAGAUUCAGGCUCUGAAAAAUCAACUACAGGAACGGGACCGAAUGUUUCAUUCAUUAGAGAAAGAAUAUGAGAAAACAAAGACUCAAAGAGAGAUGGAGGAGAAAUUUAUUGUGAGUGCCUGGUACAAUAUGGGAAUGACUCUGCAUAAAAAAGCAGCAGAAGAUAGACUGGCUAGUACAGGCUCCGGACAGUCCUUCCUGGCUAGACAAAGGCAAGCCACCAACACAAGGAGAUCUUACCCUGGUCAUGUCCAACCAGCUACAGCAAGGUAGAGAAGCCUGGCCUUUAGAAAGGAAUCAACCCUGUGAUCCAGGCAUACUUUGUUCUACGUGACGUUUCAGGAAAUGCAACUAGCAUCCUUUCUCUGUCUUUAUUCCUUGUUACCACUGUUAUUUCUCAUUUCAGGAAGGGGAUUUCUCAUUGUUUUAAUGCCAUUCAUUCUUAUUUUUUUUGGAGUCGUCGUCUUUCUCUCUCUUUAAAUGUGCCAAAAUUUUGAAAACAUCAAGAGGAGUGCUGUGUUAUAAUGGAGUUAUUUAAAUUUGUAUGAAGUUAUCAUCUCUUACCUAAUGUCUGACAUAGACUAUGUAGCAAAGAUAAAUUUUCUGUCACAAAUGGUAUACAUGUACCUAUGUGUGUUACUAUCCUUUAUAACUCUUUUCAUUGAAAGGGAAUUAGUCUCCUUUUUACUAUGUAGUAAUCAGUGUUUAACAUUGCUGAAAAUCCUUUCUAGGAAAUGCAAAAUUGCUGCAUAAAAUUGUUAUAAAACAUGUUUCUUGGGGAUGGGGGGGAACACCGCCACCGUAGACAAGUGGUAAAUGGAAAGUCAGGUGUCACAGGAUGUAGCAUGUUUACAGAAGAGAAAUGAGUGUCUCCUUUCAUGUGAAGAGGUUGCUCCUGUUCUUGGCAUUUGGCAUUCAAUAGGGAAGUAGGGUGAUUUGGAGACCAUUCUUUUUCUCUUAAAAGGUUUCAGAUCUGCUUUUAUUUCUCCACUGGUAUCGUCUAUUGUUUGCUGCCACAGGUGAAAUGUUUCAGAUUGUUCUCCCCACUCUGGUUGUUUGAGUAUGUCCAAAAAGAAAAAUCAAGAAAUAUUUGGAGUGCUUUAAUGUGCUACAGCAUCACUGAUUUAAAAGAAGGCCUUUAUUUUAAAGCCUUGUAAUGAUGGACUAACCAUACAGCAAGGAUCAAGGCCCAACUGAAUAUUGUUGAGGUUAAUGUAUGCAAAUUGUCAUCCACUACUGAAAGACUUAUUUUAAUAUGCUAAUUAGGAGGAUGAUUAUAUCAAUUGCCUUACUAAUGGUAGCCGUGCCCUUAGGCAAGUUCGUUGCUGACUUUAUUGAAAACUGGCUGUUUGUAGUCUAAUCCUUUUAACACAUACCUGUCCAUUUAUAUGUAGCAUCUUUGCUGCAUCUUCACUUUGAUUGGUAAGACAAGUGAGUGGUUCUUAUUGCUGAUAUUAAUUUAGGACAGAUCCUCCAACAAAGUGCUGAGCAUUCUGAAUGCCCUAAACUCCCAGUAACUUCUUGAAGAGUUGAAGAUGCUCAACACCUAGCACCUCAUAAGGAUCAGUCUUUAUCGAUUUAGCAGCUUCGUGUGUGUGUGUGUUUUGUGACAUCACCUUCAACAUAAAUCUUGCUCAUAAUAUGGUGUGCAUACAAUCUAGUUUCUAAGUUUUAAAUUUUGUAAAAUUAUUUUAAUCUCUUGCCCAAUGCAGGACUUUCCUUCCUAUAACUCCCUUCAAAAGUAGCUCACGUUGGCUUUUUUAAGCAUCCCAAGGUAUAUUUUAAUCUAACGUUUUGGGUUAAAAUGGUCAAAGGACCCUGAAGGACCAGUACACCUGGAUUCAAAAACAGUGACAUUUGUAAGUGCUGUUUUAUUCCAGAGCACAUCCAAGUGUUCAUACCUAAUCCAUGUUAAAAAUGGUCAUUAAAUAUGUUGAAAGCAUUUAUCUUGACCCUGAUUGUCCCAGCAUUUAUCUCACCCUGAAGUCCAUGAGCAAAAUGCAUUUGUCUUUUAUUCCAAAGACACAGAAAUAACUGUUUAGUAGUGUUAUAUGUAGAGUAGUGAUUAAAAAGACUUCAUAGCUGUUGUCUGCCCUCUGUACUGUGCCUAAAAUUAGUUUAGGUAAGAAAAAUAUCUCCUGUGGUAUAUAUAAAGCUAACAAUGUAAAGGCAGUUCAGGCAUAAACUGAUGUUUGCCUUCCUGUAUUUUAUUGAGAAACAAAAUGCUAAAGCGACAAGCUUUAUAAGCACCAUCUAGCAAUAUGAUUAUUCAGACACGUCUUUUGUGGAGUUCAGACUGGUCACUUUAGGAACUUUUCUUGUGUGUACUGUGUGUGUAAGGGAGCAAGACUUAGUCUCCUUGAAUAAGUAUAUGCAGCAUUUUUCAGCCCCUAGGAAGGAACCCAAGAAUAUUUAAGGCUUUAUUUUUAUUUUUGUCUGUCAGGCUCUUCCUUUGCAUCACCAUCUGCCAAAAUCUACUUGUGAAUGAAGGGGAUUCCCAAAUUGUAAUGGGGAGGCUCUAUCUCCAAGUUACUAAGUCGGUUUAAGAUUACUGUUAAUUAGAUGGGUAUCCGGAAGAAACUCUGAUACAAUUUCCAUCCUAAAAUUAGACAACUUGCUUUUUUUUUCUCUCUCUCUCUCUUUUCUGGCUCUUUCUCUCCCUCUUUGCUGCCAUUGGGUUUUUGUCUCACGUUCCUCAGGUCUCCUUUUUUUGGAGCCCACUCUCUUUUUAUUUUGGCCUUUUCUCUUCCUUUCCCCCAAGAUCAGACACUAUCUGAGGUGCCUCCCUCAGUUCUGUCUGAGUGAAAGCUGUACUCUCCUGUUGAGUUGUAUGCUGCGUUUACAGAGGACACUGUGUAGAUAGAAACAGCAGAGACAAACCCUGAGUCUAUAUUUUGCUGCUGUUGUGGAUAAUUACAAGUUUAUAUGAAAACUGCCACCACUAUUUCUAACACCAUAAAUUGGUACUAAAUAGAGUCUACAUACCAUGCUGCCCUGCUCACCUGAAAACGUUACAUCCCUGAUGGCAGAACUAAUUUGCAUUCCUGCAAAAGGUGAACAGCCCUUCUUGGCAGCAGCAUUUUUAGCUGGUUAUGACAGAAGAGCUGAGCAGUCCAUACGAGCCCUUUCUGGGGUUCCUAACAACUGUGGCAAUGUCAGGCAGGCACCUUUUUUCUGUGAGCUUUGUAUUAAAUAAAAUAAAAGCAAAUGGUGUAAUGCACAAGCAAGUCCACAGGAUUCCAGACUGAGACUACUACUUUACAUGCUGUCAAGGGGUUGAAACUUAACUUCUUUUGUAUUCAAGGGCAUGUGUGGAUUCAAGCUUGUAAAGUGCCAUGCAUGUGAUACUAGAUACAUAAUAAAGAAGAAUAUUAACAGUCCAAUUUUUUCCUAAGAAUACUUAGCACUUGUGUAAUGCUUUACAUUUUUCAAAGUGCUAUAUAAACAGAAACAAGCUGAUUGUAAAGUUAACUUUUAGCUGAAGUGUAGCACAAAAGAGAAGUCUCAUAUAGAAAUACACAUUUGUAAACAUUUUAAAAUGAAAAUAACACAAAUAGGAAUUUGCCAAUUAUUUUUUCAUUGUAUCCUUCUUGAUAUUUAGCAGAUGAGAAUCCUUUGCAAUUCUAGUGUCAGCAGUAAAUGACUAAAAUAAUUUCUACAUUCACUUCAACAAAAAUUACUAAUGGUUUUCUAGUCCAACGGAUUCCAUUAGAAUAUCAGGGUUAGGAGGGACCUUAGGAGAUCAUCU